CCGUAGUCAGUAAGAAAGCCAUUACGAUCGUAGUAUGAUGUGAAACGUCUGUUGUAGUAAAUGGCUUUUGAUAGUUAUUCUAAAGUGCGUACGGGAGUUAGUGUAUUGAAUUCUCUAUAAAGUUACUCGAAAAGACAUUCUCAUAAAGCCGUGUUACAGACAUUUAAAAAUUUAAUAGAACAAUAAAUCAUGGCAUAUCGUCAAGUACCUCCUGUUAUAGAUGAGACAGAUACGCCUCAGCGACCUCGAAGAAUAAAUGAAGGUAUAGGAACUCCACAGAGUACUGAAAAGGCUAAAUGUACAUCUGGAAUGAGUCCAGCAAUGAACAUGUUAAUUCAGAGAAUGAGUAGUAUGGGUUUGAGCACUCCUGUAUCCAGUUCUGCUUCAAAUCCUUCGCAAUCUACUCGUUUAAGUUACCUAGGGCGUGGAGAGGAAAGUUCCAGCGGUGAUAGUGAAGCAAACAUUAAUGCUCGAAUGAAUUUAUCUGAUAGAUUCAGUUUCUCAAAUAUGCCGACUGAUGAUUCCCAAGUGAUUGAUGUUAACGAGCAACAACUAAAAGAUGCUUUGAAUCGUGCUCACAAUCGGUAUAAAAGUUGUUUACCUGCCGAAAUUAAAGCAGCUCGUGAGAGGGGGGAGCGUAAAGUGUUGACAACUAUUGCUUCUGAAAAAUAUUUGAUUGAUAUAAGCCCACAAACUAUUGGGAGAUUAGCUCAAAGCUCACGUGAAGUUAAUCAAGAUACUUUACAAAGACUAGCCAACACAUCUCCACCUACUCUCACUGAUGAGAAAUCAAUUGAUAAAUACAUUCAUACUAUUUUACCGAAGGACAAUGAAAGAACAUCUGAAGACUUUGGUGAAUCAAAAAGUGAAACAAAAAGUCAAGCUGAAAGAUCCUUGCUGUGUUGCCAGGUGGAAGAAACAGAAGAAUCAGUCUUGGAUAAAAGUCUGCACCAAGUUUCAGAAGUGAUGUAUCUUCUCACGUUAACUAAUAAAAACCGUAUGAAAAAACAUAAAGUGCAAAGUGGAAAAAGAGAAACAAGUGGUGAACAGUCGCAAGAUCUUGGUGAAGAUAUUUUACGUCAAGCAGUAAAAGAUAAUGUUGGGCAUCUUGUAAGUCCUCGUGAACAGGAGAUAGUUUAUAAAAGUUUUUUGGAGCAACUCUAUAAAGAAAGCAAUCCAGAAGAGUCUCUCGAUGAGCAACAUCAAGAUAUUAAACCCAUAUAUUCUACACGUGAUGAUUAUAACAUUUUCCAAGCUCCAACCUCGUCAAGUUUAAGAAGGAAUAAAUCUGAAUCAGACUGUGCUGAAUUAAAAUCCGAAACAGUUACUCAGUUGAAAGAGAGUCCUCUCAAAGCAUCAAGGAGUUUAACUCAUUUGAAAAAUGCUGGAAGGUUUAAAAUUAAACCAGCUGACCUAUUGGAAGGAAGAAAAGUUGAUGAGAUUUUCCCUUACCAACCAUCUUUACUAUCGAGCAUGGUCGCGGAAGCGAAUGAUUUAGAAAGUAUGAGUGUAUUUGAUGAAACAUUUUAUCGAUCCACAUCUUUCGAAUGCUCUAAUCUCCAACCUAUUGAUGAAAGUGAUGCUGAGACUGCUGAUGAUCCUUGGAUGCCGUUCACGGAUUCAAAAAAUUCUCUAAUAAAUUCACCAACACCACGAACUACUACAAUCAAUGAAUCUCGAACUGAUCAACAAUCAGAUCAAGAUGAAAAUUCUGCUGAUUGUGAUUCACUAAAGCCAAGCAUAUUGGAUGUUAUUCCGGAGGUUAUUGAUUUAUUAGACACAACUUUUAAUGUAGAUGAUGAUGAAAAUAAUUCAAAUGAAGGAGAAAAAUCUGUUAUCACCCUGGAUAGUUCCAUAACAAGUUGUACAACAGCUGAGAUAACAAAUUAUUUCGAUGCAUUAGAAGACUUGGACAAUACAUCUUCUGGGACUUCCGAAGUUAUGAAGACUCCUCCAAGUACAUCUUCUCAUGGAACUUCUGAAUCAAAGAGCCGCCAUGGACAAAGUCUUUUAAAAAAUAUUUUCAGAAAACCAUUGCCUCCAAAAAGACGUUUUAGUGAUAGUGAAAUAAAAUUCACUACUUCUGAUUCCGAUGAUAGUCCAAUAUACAUUAAAACGACAAGAAGACGUGAACGAAAGAAGCAUGAACGUCCAUUAGGUGUGCCAUUUCCACCAUCGCAUAAACUGACAGUGGCAGAGGUCUUCGAUACGCAAACUAGGAAACCACGACCCGAUGUCCUCAAGAAUCACUUUGUCCUUGAAGGCAGAAUUGAUGAGGCUGCCGCUCUGCGCAUCGUCAAUGAUGGCGCUGCUCUUCUUCGAUCUGAAAAAACUAUGAUCGAUAUUGAAGCACCCGUCACAGUUUGUGGGGACAUUCAUGGACAGUUCUAUGACCUCAUGAAAUUAUUUGAGGUCGGAGGCCCACCCUCUACGACAAAAUACCUUUUUCUUGGUGAUUACGUAGACAGGGGUUACUUCAGUAUCGAGUGCGUAUUGUACCUGUGGGCAUUGAAAUUGUGCCAUCCAACUACACUGUUCCUACUCAGAGGCAACCAUGAGUGCCGGCAUCUUACAGAAUAUUUCACAUUUAAACAAGAAUGCAAAAUAAAAUACUCGGAGAGAGUGUACGAUGCGUGUAUGGAUGCUUUUGACUGCUUACCACUAGCCGCCCUAAUGAACCAACAGUUCCUGUGUGUUCAUGGUGGUUUAUCUCCAGAAAUUCAUCGUUUAGAAGACAUCCGGAAGUUGGAUAGGUUCAAAGAACCACCUGCUUAUGGACCAAUGUGCGAUUUACUGUGGUCUGAUCCUUUAGAAGACUUUGGAAAUGAGAAGAAUGCUGAACACUUUUCUCAUAAUAGUGUACGGGGUUGUUCGUACUUUUACAGCUAUGCAGCGUGUUGCGACUUUCUACAAAACAACAGUCUCUUGAGCAUCAUAAGGGCGCACGAGGCGCAGGACGCUGGUUACCGUAUGUACCGUAAAUCCCAAACGACAGGCUUCCCAUCGCUCAUCACUAUCUUCAGUGCACCCAACUACCUCGAUGUAUACAACAAUAAGGCGGCCGUGCUCAAGUACGAGAACAACGUGAUGAAUAUCAGACAAUUCAACUGCUCGCCACAUCCAUACUGGCUGCCGAACUUUAUGGAUGUAUUCACGUGGUCUCUACCAUUUGUCGGAGAAAAAGUCACAGAGAUGCUCGUUAACGUACUGAAUAUUUGCUCGGACGAUGAGCUCAUGAGCGAUGGAGACGACGCCCUCGAAGAAGAUGUCGCAGCCAAAGUCGUUGUCCAAAAAAAGAAUGGUGCAGCAGCAAAUCUACGCAAGGAAGUUAUCAGGAACAAGAUAAGGGCAAUUGGAAAAAUGGCCCGAGUAUUCUCCGUCCUCAGAGAGGAGAGCGAGAGUGUCCUGCAGCUUAAAGGUCUUACACCUACGGGUGCUUUGCCCUUGGGAGCUUUAUCAGGUGGAAAGACAUCUCUUAAAAAUGCGCUCCAAGGUUUCUCGCCGAACCACAAAAUUACGUCGUUUGCCGAGGCAAAGGGACUAGACGCAAUAAAUGAAAGGAUGCCACCACGAAAGGACGCACCACCAACACCAGCAAAUGAGGAAAAACCAGUGAUAAAACCAUGUACUCCUACGGGCGAGAAGCGAGACCAGUGCACGCCUCAACCUCAUUCGUGAGUCUCAUAAGCGUUCAAUUCAAGGUGACAAAAACGAGAUACUACUCUUAAUUUAGUCGCCAAUCUACAUAGCAACUGCUCGUCUCUCCCGGAUUAAAAAUAUUUUAUUGAGCUAAAAGAAUGAGUAACAAACAAAAAAAUACAACAAGGAGUCUCAAAGAAUAAUUAAGCAGUAUGGAGAAAGUAAAUGAAGUAGAAAAUAUGAAAAAUGAAAAUACCGAAAAAUAGAAAAGAUCAUACGUUACGUAUCAUCUUGUUUAUCAUUUUAAAAAAUAAAAACCGAUUGUCGUAAUUUUAAGUAUAAAAUAUGCGCAAGAAUUGUAUUAAAAGUAUAUAAUAUCGUGGUGAAUUAUAAAACACACCAUAGCCAAGAAUAUAUGCAUCAAAUGUACAUGAAUGUACAUGAAUGCAUAAUUCUUGCACGCGUGCGUGAAGACAAGCGCUAGAACAAUGAACAACGCCCACAUAAUACAGGUGUGAGCAUAGCUAGACAAGAAAUACCUUGAUGUACAUGCAAGAGAACACACCCAAGACCAAGUUUCGAUUAAUUUUUGUUUAUCCUUUAACACAACGUUUACCUAAUGUACAUUUUGGAAGCAUCAAAAUAGCCGUUCCCAAGAGACGCAUGAUACACACCUUAUGUACAUCUGUGUGACACGAAAAUGCCAAUGACAUAAUAGUGUAUGGUAAAAGGAUCCAUUUAAAAAGUACACCGCUAGCUGACAGCUGGUCUGUCAUCGGUGAUGGAUUUUCUAAUCUCAAGCUUAAAUACUAAACAAAAAUAAUAAAAACUAAUUAUUUAAUAUUUAAUAAACUAAAUAUUUCCAUUCACACCGAAAUAAGGGAAUUAUGUGUACACCUUAACAUAGGUUACAAUAUAUAUGCCAAUCGAAUUUUCACAUUAAUUCAUUAUUAUUAUUAUACGCCGUUUGGAGCUCAGUCAUUUUGUCUUUCCUCGUUUUUUUGUCUUUAAACUUAUGGAGAAUAAUAAUUAAUGAAUGGGGAAAAAGCUCUCUUGGGCAUUUUUUUUGCGAUGUUUUAGUCCUUGCAUUAAUAAUCUAAUUAUAGGAGCUAAAGAUUUAAAAGAUAUGAAUUGUUGUAAUGAAUUCAUUGAAAAUGUCUAAGAAUUUUUCUUACAUUUAUUUAUAAUAAAGUAAUUAAUUGAAUUAUUUUUUUUCUUUAAAAAUUCAUUAUCAUAUCUGAGUGUCUUCUAAAAAUUAUCAAAUAUUUAUACUAAGAUGUGAACGUUUUAAUGAAAAAUGAUCAAUGUUUUUUGCUUGUGUGUACCUAUCGAUAUCAAUUAUAAUGAGCUUUAUUACAUUUUUAUACUACAAAAUUAUCCCUCAAGUUUUCUUAAAAGCUCCAAUAAUUUUCUUUAACUAUGUAAUCUACUACCUGAUUCGUACUGUACUAUUUUGUCAUUGUGACGAGACUAAUGCAGUACUUUUCAGCUAGUAGACCUUUGGGACUAGACACUUAUUUUUGUGUGAGUCAGGGGUCUAACAAAAAAGUCAACAAUCCAAGUACUUAUUGCACUUGGCAGACCACCAAAACUAGGCCACUACCACACAGUCAUUGCUGCCCUAAAUACAAUUUAUUUAGUAAAUGGAACAUAAAUUGUCUUGCCAUGAAAAAUUUUGUAUACCAUAACAUUGAAGGAAAAUAAGAUCCCCAUUGAGAUCUAGUCAUUCUAGUCUGCGCUAGUUCCCAAUGUUUUUUCUCACAAAGUGCAAUACAACCACAAGUUGAAUCUCAGGUUACUCCUCCACUGGAUUGCAUUAUUUUACUUACAUUUUUUGUUCUUUUUUUUAUUAUUCUCUUAAUUGUUUUAUUGAUAAAUGUAAUAUUACCUCAACAAUUCGAGUCUCUAAACGGCGAAAACGAUAAAAAAAAAGAAUCUCGUGAUUAUAAGUAAAAUAUUCAAUAUAAAAUAAAAAAUGGGAGGAUAAAAAAUAGGUUUAUAAUAUUAAGCCAUGACACAUCGAUCCCUUUUAUUCAAUAGUGCGAUUUCUUGCUCGGGAGAUGCAUUAAAUUUAUGUUUGCACUCCAGCGAUCGAGAAGGGAGAGUAUUUAAAACUUACAAAAAUUAUGAAAAAAAAAUAAAAAACCUACGCCGUGCUAUAUAUGUUCAUUUAACCAAAAUAAUCAUUGAUUUAAGUAAUAUACUUUUAUGUUACAAACUGAAUUUCAAAAAAUGGGAUCGAGUUAAUUAUCGCAUGGUGAAAGUGACAAAAAAUAAUGAAAUAAUAAUAGUGUUGAUCUUUUAUGAUUUUUAAUGUGUGUUCUUGUUAUCGAAAAUUAAUAUGGGCACUGCACUAUCGAGUGUCAUUUGAAUUUACUUGCACUGAAAGUGGACUCUUUGCCAAAAAUAUAUUAAUCUAAAUAAAUAUCCGCAAAUAAAGAAAAAAAUGAAACUAAAAUAAAAUUAAGAUUAAAAUUAUUAGAUAAGUCUGAAACUAUUUUAUUCCCUCUAUGCAAUAUUGUAAAGAUUAACAAAUAUCGACCAUAUAAUUAUUCCAUUUAUUCCACACGUGCUGAGUGAAUGAUUACAUUCCCUCAUUUUUAAUCCAUGUUACUCUUGCCUGAGUUAUAUAAAUAUGAAUGCAAAUAAAUAAUGAGGGAAUAUUACAGCAAUUUAAUAAAAAAAAAACAGAAGCAAAGAGCCCUUUCAUGUCAAAUGCGGCGUAACAAACGAAAAUCAUAUAUGAAACAAAAAACAAAAUAGAAAUUUUAAAUGAAUUAAAUAUUAAUUAUUAUAAAAAUAAAUAUCUCUCACUCUCUCUCUCUCUCUCUCUUUCUCUAUCUCUCUCAAUUCACUAUGAUAAUUAUAAUGGAUAUAAUAAUUCUAUCUCUCUUUGCUACCAAGUUGUACUUAUUCUUAAUUAAUUUACUUGUACAAAAAUGUGUUAAAUAAUAAUAUUAAUAAUAUUAAAUGAUAAAUACAUAAUAUAAUUAUACAAAUAAAAAUAUAAAUAAUACUUGCAGCCAUGCAAUUUAUCGGCAUACGUGUGUGUAUAUUGUAUAUACACAUAUUGUAUGUAUACGCGCGUAUAUCAUAAAAUAUAAAUUACCUAUUAAUAAUUAAUUAUCAUUACUAUUCAUUGAUAUCACUAUCGAAAACAAAAAUAACGAAUAGAGAGCAUGAAUGAAUUUCGUGAUAAAUCGUAUAUGCAUCAUUUUUAAUUAACACAUUAUUGUCCUAAUUUGGACACAAAUGUGGUUAACACUGGUCAUACGACGUUGUGCGAGGUGGAGAGUGAAAUUGAUAGGAAUGUUAUUGAUUUAAAAAAAAAAAAAAAAUAUAUUAAUGAAGAAAAUAAAAAAACUGAUGAAUUAAUUAAAUACCAGAAGGUAUGCGAAUAAAAUUUUGAAUAAUUCUUCUCCGUGUGUAAAGCUACAAAAAUCAUAAAUUGUUAAAUAAAUCAAUGUAAUGAUGUAACUUAUAAAUAGUUGUGUACAUGAAUGAG